AUGAAGAGUCAACUAUGUAUGUUACUUACAAUGCUACUGAUUACAGUGAAAAUCGACAGAUCUAUUUCGCUGAACUGUUUCACGUGCAAUCCGUGUCCGUCUCCAUUUAUUCCUUCAUCCUAUCUAAUCACAAAUAGAACUGGUUGUGGUUGGUGUGCGAAAGUUGAAGUCAGAGGAAUGCCAACUCCAAUAAGAGAUUGUGUGCAAACGUGUAAUGCUGAUACAUGGUCAGCUAGAUAUAGACAAUAUACUUAUGCAUGCUGCAGUCGGAAUUUCUGUAAUAAGAGUCAAACAAAUUAUCCAACUCAUCAAAUGCUUCUUACAAUUUUAUUUGGUGUCUGUUUUUACAUUAAUAAAACUAGUUCAAAAAAUUAA